AUAUAAUAAUUGCGAUUUAUGUUAUAUUUGCAAAUGCAAAGUAGUUAAUUAAUUGUAAAAUGAUAGUAUAGGGGCGAUUAGGCCCUAAAUUUGUGAUAACAACGGUGCUGUGAAUGCUGCGGUGAUACCGGCUGGGCAAUAAAUAUCGUUAGCCUCGCGGCGUACCCGGGAUUCGUGGCAGAUAUCAAACAUGUCUACAGACCGAUUAUUUUUUUUUCUACAAAAUUUCUCGUGUACCAAUAAACACGAAGUAAAACAGAGAAAAAAGCACCGUGGAAUAAAAUGUCACUGAUUCCGCAAUUCUGACAGAUUUUCUGAGAAUGGACUUGGCGGAAACUAUGAAAAAUAUAGUGGCUAAGGGUAUGCAGACAGAGAUGGGACCUCCUGGAGGUGGUUAUCCGGGGGGAGCGAACGGGGCUGGAUAUGUCACUGAGAAAAUGUACAUGCUGCUGCAGCUUUAUUUGCAAAACAAGGGUUGGAAUCCGAGCAUCGAGUUACUCCAAUGCUUUACCGAGCUUAAGGAGGCUUCCAUGUUACCAAGCACCACUUACCUUCAGAUGAUGGCGUCAAGAGUUGCCUUAGAUUCGCAAGGCAGACUGGUCCUACGAGAAAAUGGCAAGAUAAUAUUGCCAUACGAACAUUUUGCAAACGCAGUUAUGCUCAAGCACAUGAAUGGCCCACACGGUCUUCACCUUGGUAUGGAAGGUACCGUAAGAGCCGUUAUGGAGUCGUACACCAUUGGUCGAGAGUGUUUUGGCAUGGAGAAAGAGUUUAUCAUUGAAGUGGUACAGAAUUGUCCCAAUCCUGCGUGUCGUUAUUACAAAAAUCAGCUCGAGAUGAGUCAGAAAAUGAAUCACAUGGGUCCGACUUACAUUCAAGACAACGAAACAACAGCAUCUCUUUUACGCUCUAGCUUUCCCCACAACGCUGACUUUCAGACGACUAUGAGUGUUGCUCCAUCCAAUACCCACAUGACCAAUUCGGUAGUUGAUUUGGUUGGCUCGUCGGAAAUGCGAAGCGGAAACCAAAUGAAUCUCCAACGUCCUCCAAGUCGUCCAUCACUUAAUAUUCCUCACCGGCCUAGUUCUCAGGAAAAGAAAUGUGCCAGCAAACAGCACUACGAGCCGCUCAUACCCAGCAUUCCAAUAUCAGAUCAUAAAUUGACUGAUUUUCUGAGGGCAAAUUUGGACAAUCUUGAUGGACUUAGCGGGUUAGGUGCUUUGGGCAAUCUUCAAAGCUUGGGAAAUGCCAACAAAGAUCUGCUCGCGCUGCAUAACGGAGCUUGGUCCGUUGACAGCGACAAGGGCUCUCGAUCGUCUUCAUCGAACUCAGAAGGUGGACAAGAAAAGAUUGUAAGAGCAUUUGCGGAAGUGAUGAAGAACAUGGCGCGGAUGAAAGCUUGUGUUAGACCAGCGAUGUGUAAACCUUAUGGUAAACAGUCUGAGGCCUUACAAAAAACAUUGGUCGAUACAAUACAGCUUGUUCAGUCUCUGAGAAGUUUUCUGCCACCACCUCACAUCCCCGUUUCGAGCUGGAAAAAUGAAGAUAAGCAUCGAUUAGAUCAUUCUGGAAGUUCUUAUCUCCCCACAUUGAAGGCAGGUGGACUAGAGGAGAUGUGCGAGCAGCGUAAGUUGGAUUAGGCCGUAUUUAUUCGGUUCAAACAGUCUUUUCGGUGUUCUAGUCAGACGGAGUAUGAGUUAGGCCGUUAAAUCGAGUCUAAAACUGAUUGAUUUUCCCCCCAUGGAUUGCUCAAAGGUUGUUGGCAUUUAGAAGUUGACGUGGUAGGAGCCAAAACGAGU